AUGAUAGAGAACGCUGGUGUAUUAGAUAACGGUUUCUUCCAUCAUCGACGGAGAUUUUACAUGUCGGAAAAGUGAUGAACACAUAAAGGAGUUGUGUCAAAUACCAACAGAAUUAUCUAGGAUUUCUUAAAGUGGAAUAAACACGUUGCCUUUAAAAUAACGAUAUUUAGCUGAAGCAAAAAUUCUUUUUUUGUAAUAUCUAUGACACUUCGUAAAUAGAUAUCUGGAUUUAUUUAGAUUUAUUUAUAUAGAUUUAUUUAAUUCUUCGUUGCGGCAUGCAUUAAAUUCUUAUGGAAUUAUCUACGAUAUAACCAGCAUAAUUAUUAGAAUAGAAAGGAAAAUUAUAUUCAUUUAUAUCCAACUAGUUAAUUUAAUUAUUUAACUUCUCCAGGGUACAGUAUCGAUCCAAUUAUCGAAUCUAUACAAUUUGCGAUGGUUUACCGAUAUUCUUGGUUGAUUUCCUUAACAAAUAGUUGCCUCUGGUCUUUCGUUUCUUUUUUUGAGCGAUUACCAAUCACCGACCAAACAACAAUUCAAAGUACCCAAACAUCUUUUCCUGAAUUUAUUCUGACUAAAAAUUUAUCCAUUUCAUUUGAGAAUGUUAAGAAAAAUGUCUAUGUCGCAUUGAGAACCAUAAGAUCUUCCAAUGAAUUCGAGCAACGUACCUCACAUCGACAGAAUGUCAAACAUUUACAAUAAUUCGGUAGUUCGAUUUUAUCACUAUGUAUUUCACGACCUAUCUGAUCCUCGAACGAAGGAUUGGUUCCUCAUACCAUCACCCGUACCUGGCGCUAGCAUCCUAAUCGGUUAUUUGUACUUCAUCCUGUCUUGGGGUCCCAGGCACAUGGAACACAGGAAACCGUACCAAUUAAAGAAUAUUCUAGUCUUCUACAACUUCCUUCAAGUCCUCCUCAGCUUCUGGCUGUUCUACGAAGGCCUGGACGCGGCUUGGCUUCGAAAAUACAGUUGGAAAUGUCAACCGGUUGACUACUCAAACUCACCAGACGCGCUCAGGGUCGCCAGAGGCGUGUACAUUUAUUUCUUGGCGAAGCUGUCGGAACUUCUGGACACAAUAUUCUUCGUUCUAAGGAAGAAAGAGAAACAGAUCACGUUCCUUCACUUGUACCAUCAUACCGUGAUGCCGAUGGUUUCAUGGGGCGCCACCAAAUAUUAUCCGGGCGGACAUGGCACGUUUAUAGGUGUCAUCAACAGUUUCGUACACAUAAUCAUGUACACGUACUACUUGCUAGCAGCAUUGUUACCUCAGUACCAGAAGUACCUGUGGUGGAAGAAAUACAUCACUACUCUCCAAAUGGGUCAGUUCUGCUUGGCGUUCCUGCAUAGCUGUCAAUUACUCAUCUACGACUGCGACUAUCCGAAGUGGUCGCUGGUCUUGAUUCUUCCUAACGCGAUGUUCUUCUAUUUCUUGUUCGCCGAUUUCUACAGUAACGCGUACAAACCUGACAAAAAGCAUUCGAAAUCGACAGAGGCCAGGCAAAGUCGAGCAGCGAAGAAAGCAGCGAACGAGAGCACGGUAAAUGGGAAAGGGAAAACCGACUAGUCUGGAGGAAACAAACGACGAUAAGAAGAAAAAUCGCUUGAUGAAGAAGAAUGUUCGCUUGUCGCUUUCCGUUUAACCUGACGAAAGUGGAAUGUCGGCGAUCGGUCGAGAAACCAGCUACGGGAUGUAACCAAUGAAUUUGCAUUCACGAUGACUGUGCUGCUGAUUCUUCGACAUCGAUGCAAUAGUCAACCGAACUGUAUUCCACGAACUCCAAGAUUCCAGGAAAAUCUUCCCGAAGAAGCGAAUUUUCUUUCUUUCAUGCUGCUUCUCUUGACGACAACGGAGAACAGCUGUACAUUUGCUUUGCUCAUAAAAUCGAUCGUUUCUCCUUGAUUGUUUGCAACGGAUCAUCGAAUGGAAUUCUUGAUUACGCGCGUCAAUUAUAACCGUUUAAGAAUAUAGAUUUAGGAUAACUGCUAGCGGAUAGAAGCUGUGAAGAGUUACGAUCGGAAGAGGGCGUACGUCGCGCGAGAAUUUUAAACGACGAUACGUAGAUAUUAAGAGAUUGAUAUUUUAUAGAUUAAUAUAUAAGAGAUAACUAACUCGUUCGAUAGUUCGGUUUUCGAAUACGAUUCCAUCUUGUAGAUCUUGAAUUGCGAAUAUUUACAAUGGACUGCAAAAAGUAUUUAGCCUUAUCUUCCAAUGAUACCUCUUUUUAAUAGGUUCUGCGUUUCGUUUUCGUAACAUCAAAUUUUUGUAAUUGCAUGAAAAUGAUGAAUUAAAUAGUGUACAAUUACUACGAUAGAUACAAUGGCGUGCCGAUACUUUUUUUUAGACACUGUAUGCUUCGAAGAAAACGUAUUUUAAAAAAAUCAAAAGAAAAAAAAAUAAGGCUUUAUUGGACUAAUUUUUAGUCUUCGCGCUCAAUUAGAUAAUAAACCAUAAUAAAAAACGCAGAUGGUUUUUCUUGAAAUAUACUUUCUGAAAAUUAUAAGCGGCUCUGAAAUUAAUCAAUAGUCCCUAAGAUCGUGGUGUCAAUCUCGGGUAUUGUGACGGUUAUUUAAAAGAAGCAAUGUUUUAAUAAUAUUGUAAUAAGGAAGUCUCCUUUGACCUCCCACAUAUUUAUUAAUUCACACGAAAUAUUUUAUUCGUAUCAUUUGACCAUACGUAGAGUUCCACAAAGAGAGUAAGUCAAAUAAGUAAAAAAUUUCAAGUGCAUUCAGAACGAGGAAUCAACAGUUUUGCAUUGAUUAUCGUUGAUUAACCAACGUUUCACACAAUUCACGCAAAGCAGAAAGGGACCCAGUGAAGUGUAGCCAAUUUUCUUUCAUCCGCAAACGAACAAGUACAAAACAGUUAUGGAGGAAAAACGUAGCGUUUCCAAAAAUCUUCUGAAUUUCGUCGUAUCUGUUCACGCAUCGAAACUUGUUUCGUUUUUUCGAACGACCAUUCUUUUAGAUAAAUUUGUCACACUGUCGAGUGCGAAAUUCUCGGAAAGAAGCGAAUUACAUCAGAAAUCUUGGUUAUUUGUCACGUAUUUCGCCAGAUUUGACUUGGAGUUUGUAACUGAAAAGAAUGUCGGUCUUUUCAGUUACAAAUGAGGAUAACUCGAAUGAAUGAACAUGGUUUUUGGCAAAUUUUUAACAGAAAAUAAUCUAACAGAAGAGUUAGUUUCAGUUGAUUAUUAUAAAAAAUUGAACUUCCAUUAUAUGAAUAUCUCGUUUUCUGAAUAGGAUGCUUUCAUCUGUGCUCGAGUUCUCUCGUAUUUGCAAAAAAACCAUACUAAAGAUGAUAUAAAAUUUUUUUUGAAAAUCGGUCAGAAAUAAAAGAAUACAAUAUUUCGUUCGUGAGUGACGAAGAUAUCGUAGAUAUCAUUUUUCUACAAAAUGAAAUAAGAUGUAGAGUUACUUACAAAGUUAAGUAAUUCAGUAACAAAAAAAGAGAAAAUAUAUAGCAGUUAACAAUGUUAAUAAAGUGUUAACAAUUUUCUUAAUUUCCAUAUAAUUUAAUGUUAUGUAAAAAGUGAUUAUUCCAUUAACCAAACGUUUUCGCUUAUUAUAACAAUAUUGAGAAUUUUAACGACCAAACGUCAAAACUCUUUCUUAAAAUAGGAAGAGUCGAAGAAGAAAU